ACUGACCUCUCCCCUUUGAGAGAGAAGAACUGUCUGGGAGCUUGACAAAGGCAUGCGGGAGAGUCCGGGAGCAGCCAGAGCCAGGAGGGAGAGCCCUCCCCAAGCAAACAAUCCAGAGCGGCUGUGCAAACACCGGGGCAUAAAUGAGGCCUCCUGGACCAUGAAGUGUGUCCUGAGCUGCAUCCCGGAGCCCACGGUAGUCAUGGCGGCCAGAGCUCUAUGUGUGCUGGGGCUGGUCCUGGCCUUGGUGUCCUCCAGCUCUGCUGAGUACGUGGGCCUGUCUGCAAACCAGUGUGCCGUGCCGGCCAAGGACAGGGUGGACUGCGGCUACCCCCAGGUCACCCCCGAGCAGUGCAACAACCGGGGCUGCUGCUUUGACUCCAGCAUCGUUGGAGUGCCUUGGUGCUUCAAACCCCUGCAGGAACAAGGAGAAUGCUCGUUCUGAGGCACCUCCAGCUGCCCCCGGCCAGGGGAUGCGAAGCUCCGAGCACCCUUUCCCGGUCAUGAUUGUUGCUGGGCGCUGUUCAUCCCAGCUUUUCUGUCCAUUUGCUCCUGGCAAGCGCUUCUGCUGAAAGUUCAUGUCUGGAGCCUGAUGUCUUAACGAAUAAAGGUCCCAUGAUCCGCCCGAGGACAGUUCUUGGUGCCUGAGA